GGAGAUAUUUACUCGGAUAAUGGAGGAAACUUUAGCGAAAGAGGCUUGGGAACAAUUGGCUAAAAUACAUAAAAUGAAGAAUAGAUGGGACUUGGAUGGACCUCAAUCAUCAAGUCUGGGUUCAGAGCUCCGCAGAUUCUUUGAGGGAAUCCUUCCAGGGGAAAGGAAGCCCAUUGAAAGGAGUCGUAGCAAUGACUUCUUAAAAGCCAUUUUCAAUCAGAAAUGGGAUACCGUAAUGAAAUUGCUAGAAGACUGUCAGCUUCUUGGAAAAAAUCCACAUUUUUUGGGUAAACGUACUAGCCUUCUUCAUUUGGCAGUCCAAACGGGUGAUGUGGAGGGGGUUAGGAAACUGGUGCGGAUUAUGUCCGAAGAGGAAAUCUUGUUCCAAGAUGAAACUGGUAGGACAGCUCUUGCCUAUGCUGCGUACUUUGGAGCAACGGACAUUGCAGAAUUGUUAACCAUAACGAACAAGAAAUUGCUCACUAUCCCAGACACAGAAGGAAUGAUUCCAGUGGUGCGGGCAUGCUUCCAACGCUUCAAGGAUACCACACUCUAUCUCUACUUUCAGACUCUGGAAUUCCUAGAUGGCGAGCAUGCCCUGAGAGAGGGGGGAAUGCACCAUGGUGGCUAUUGCCACUUGGCUCGAAGGGCUCGAUUCCAUUUUUGUAUACUUAAUGAAAUGCUUGUUAUUGCUUUGGCUCUACUGCACAAAUAUCCGCGUUUGGCAUUCACCAAAUUCUAUUACAAUAAUCAGGUUUUGACUCCAAUUCUAACGUUGUCUGCUCAAAGCUCUCUGUUCUAUAGUGGAACCCGGCUUUCAUUUCUGCAGAAAUUGAUUUAUUCUGGUGUAUCCGUUGCUAAAGAAGAUAAGGAAGCAAAGAGGCCACGUGAGGUUGGUAAUUCUGUUAUUUCAAUCUACCAAAACGAACAGAAUGACAUCGAAAGACAAGAGCUAAGACGUCGUCAACAACAUGGAUUGAGUUUGUUUUUUUUGGGCAAAUGUGGAUUUAGUUCAAUGCUCCAAAAGUUUUUGGGUAUCGCUUACAUUUACGAACGGAAGUUGAUCCAUUCAUGUGCCUUUGAUAUUCUGGAUUUCAUAGCUGGUGAAUUAUCGAAAUUGAAUGCGAAACAAGUGGUUGACAGUAGAAUCGUCCCAGCUUUCUUCCAAUCUAUCCAGCAUGGCAUAAAAGAAUUUUUCAAAAUUCAAGAAACUAAUCCGGAUGUAAUGUUUUGCCCCAUUGAUGGAAAGACUAAGUUCGCAUUCACUUACGCAAUCGAAUGUCGUCAAGAGGAGUAUUUUCGCGAAUUUAGCCCGGGAAAGGAACGUAUUUUGGCCGCAUUGACAGAUGACGAUGGCAACAAUGCGCUUCACAUAGCAGCAAAGCUAGGUCCCGAGUCUUAUCUUGCUCAAUUUUCAGGUGCAGCCCUUCAAAUGCAAAAGGAAUUACAAUGGUUCAAGGAAAUUGAGUCUAAUUUUCCGGAGUGUAAAAGCUGGGUGAAUCACAAUGGAGAAACUCCUCGGCAAGUGUUUACCAGGGAACACAUGAAAUUGUUAAAAGAAGCUGAAGCAUGGAUGAAGAAAACAGCAAAAUCUUACAUUAUAGUUGGUACCCUCAUCAUCACUAUUAUGUUUGCUGCAGCCUUCACCAUUCCCGGUGGAUCGAUGGCGGGUAAUCUCCUCGCUAGUUUUGCUCGCCAGCAUUCCGGUCGUCGUCUUUUGGUCAUUGCAAUCUCAGAUUCUUACUGAGAUCUUUUAUUCAAUUUAUGGACCGGGAAACUUUAACAGGGAGGGAUUCUUCACAAGAAAAAGGAUGUCAUCCAUAAUGGGGUAAUUUACAAGCAAACUUAUGAAGAGAAGGGAGUAGUUAAUUAAAGUACUUUCGUAUCU